AUGCGAGAAGAGAAAGACAGCGAGAACCAACCUAAUGCUGCCAACUGCUGUCCUCCAAAGAAAAAGAUUGUGCAGCCAGAGUCCUUCGCGUCAGUGCACAGGCCCUUCGAGCUGGUCAUCGAUGUGAGGAGAGCGCGAGAAGCACUGGGGGGCUGGCCUGUGUCAGCCGAGAUAAGCUUCUUCAAGGGGGAGACCACAAGCUGCGACGAGGAGGUGGUGUACGCAAGUUUGACCCUCGAAUGGGCUGACACAAAUCGACGAACUGAACGAGUUGGGGAGGAAUGGGAGGAAGGAACCUACCUUCUCUGCCUUUCGCUCCUUCGCAGUUCAUUUGUCAUCGAGCAAGCGACGAGGAUGUUCUACCUCGAGGACGAGCUCCGGCUCAGCGCUUCUUUCAUGCCCAAAGUUCCUCCGCCACUUGUCGUCCACUUGAGUCAACUUGAGCCAGAAGGAUCUGUCCAGCUGCGCUUGAAGCUUAGUCCCGCCGUCAGGAAGAGGAUGAAGGAGGAGAAGUAUCGUGUUGAGGUGAGGGUGGAUGGCGUCGCGAUGUUGGAGCUUGAGGAGCAGCACUUGUUCUGGUCCUCCUCUCGCGCCAUUUCCUGGCGUCGCUUCCAACAAGCUCUCUCAGCCCGGGCAGAUGGCGAUGCCUCCUACCAGCUACUGCCGCACGCAUGCUGCUGCUGCCUCGGCAAAGACGUGAAGCAGCUUCGGGUUGCCUUCGCCUCAACCACAAACGAGCUGGAGAGCAACGGGUGGAAGGAGGAGGGGGAGGAGAGGGAGGAGGGCAAAAAGGUUCUUGCAUCUUGUUACCCCAACCUCACUGUCGAAAAUGUUGUCGAUUGGUAUCGAUCUGACGCCUCAGCUCUCUUCCUCGGCGACGCCUUUGGUGUCCCUUCCUCGCAUUCUUCCCAUCUUGAUCUGCUUCGCUCGUGGAUCGCUCAGGUGCCUCCCUGGAUAUCGCUCGACGUUGGAACCUUCUUCGCGUCCUCCAUGUCCAGCCCCUCGCUCUGCCUCUCCUUCCUCGGCUCCCUGCCUGAUGCCCCGGCCAUGGACGGCAGGACGCGACGAGCGCAGCUGCUGUGGGGGUACGAGGGGGAAGUGAUGCUGGAGAGCGUGAGGAGGAUCGAGUCCCAGGCAGGAGUGAGGGUGUCGUCCGUCUACCUCGUGUCGGACUUCUCCCGCAGAGACGAGGCUCUUUCCCUCGCGGUCGCGCUGCAGCCAGUCGCUUACCAGGGGCUGCUGCGGGGAGGGCGACGAGAGGAAGAGCAUGUGGGUGUGCGGGAGCUGCUGUGGACGCGAGACCUGGAGGUCUGUUCGCUUACCGACUUCUUCCUCAGCAACGACGUGAGCGGGAUCGGAGAAUGCUCUCCCUGGACUGCAGAGGUAAGAGCACGACGGAAGCUGAAGCGACGGGGAAUGCGAGAAGGAGGAGGAAGAGAGCGGGAAGCGACUGGCGGAGAGAGAAGAGUAGAAAGGAAGGAGGGGGAGGGGGAGGAAGAGGAAAGCUUGUCGGCAAGUUCUCGUUCGUAUGACCUUUACGGGAAGCUGGUGGAGUACGACCAAGAGGAGUGCAUGAAAGAAUCAAUGACAUCACACGCACAAGGCAAAAGAAAGGAGAAGAGGAAGAGGAAGCGAGAGGAGCGAGAGAAGAAGGAAGAGGAAAGAAAGCGAGUGGCGGGUCUGGAGGGAGAGGAAAGGAGGAGAGGAGAGGAGAGGAGAGGAGAGGCAAUCAGAGGUCCUCAGCAACCUCCUGUCCCCGUCGAGCUUGAUGUGCAAGCUUGGUGGAGAGCUGCAAGGCGACCAAGAGAGUUUCCAGGCGAUCUUUUUCUCCCCAACGCCUCCUUGUGCGACGACCCCUUCCUCUUCGGCGAUGGCCCCUGCACCGAUGGCGCGAAGGUCUUAUGCCGAAGUCUGCUCGAGGACAGCAGGUGGAGGAGGACGUGGAAUGAAGAACCUGAAGGUGCACAGGAGGGAGCAGACGCAGGAGGAGCAGGAGGAGCAGGAGGAGCAGGAGGAGGGUCGGAGAGGUGUAUCGUGUACUCAUUCGGGGUUGGUUUCGACGUGAAGUUCGAGGAGGCUGUCUUGGCACGGACCGACUGCCUUGUCUUCUCUUUCGAUCCGACCCCAGCUGUGGUUGAGCUGAUGCAAUCUCAAGCUCGGGAGGAGCGGUGGCAGUUCUACCCCUGGGGGAUCGCGUCGUCCAGCAGAGUCGGGGAGCUGGUGAUGAGCGACGCGUCGCUGCUGGAGGUGGAAGGGAGGCAGGCGAUGCCAGCUGACGUGUUUCAAGUUCGCUUCUUCUCCCUGCCGCACAUCAUGCGCGAGCUCGGGCACGAGAGGGUCGACGUUGUCAAGCUGGACGUGGAGGGGAUGGAAGUGGAAGUGCUGGAAGGGCUGGAGGAGGAGACGCUCAGGAGCAUCGGCCAGCUGGUGGUCGAGCUGCAUGUUAAGGAGCUUCUGCCGAUCCUCCACCUCCAGGACGUGGUCGAGCUGGAGGCUGAGCGGGGAGGAGGGCGGUGGAUCCAGCUGAAGCAGAAGCUCGCAGCUUCAGGCUUCCUCCUGUUCCACGUGGCUCCUCAAACCUACUUCUCCCAGGGCCUCUGCUUCUCCUCCUCCAACGCCGGCGCCAUCCUCGAGCUCUCCUUCCUCAACUCCCUCGCCCUUCACCUCCCAGUGCUGUCAGAGCCCCCCAAUCCCCCCGACGUGCUCCCAGCUGACGUCGCUCCGCAUGCUGUCAGGAGGCGAGAGGAUGAAAGAGUGUUCGAUAACGGAGAGGAGGAGGAGGAGGAGGAGAAGUUUCUCUUCACUUCUCUUCACUUGCCUACUCGCGCUGCUCUCAACUCGCUCCCUCAGCUCGUGCGGUCGUUGUGGCUGGGUCAGGUGCUCAGGAGGAGUGUGGUCUUACCCGCAGAUGGCAGCAUGGACAACCUGCUGCAGGCAGGUGACAAGCAUCAGGUCGCCGCAUUCAUCGAGGACGUCAAGCUAACUCGAGGGCAGCAUCGGGUUCUUCUCCUCUUCUCCUCCCGCUCCUUCAACGCAUCCGAUACACUUGUCGUCUAG